AUGACAGCAAUACUCGGCGCAAUUAUAAUUGCUAAUUUUCUGGGAGUAUAUCCCAUCUCAGUUCAUACGUCAAUCGCACUGUCAUACGCUGUUACAGUCACGGGAGAGACUUUAGAUCUUCGUAGCCAAUUUAGCAAAGGACU